ACAAAUCCCUUGCCUCCCCAGCUCUGGAAUUAGCGUAGCACUGCGUGGUUCUCAGCCCCUUCCGCAGUAGCGGAGAUCCGGUUCCCUUCACUGGCACGCGCAGUGGGGAGGGAGACCUUCCGGUGAGCAUUGCCGCUGCUUCCUGGCCUCCGGGUCGUCCUCGUGGGAGGCCUCCUGUAGGGUCCCUCCCUGCUCCCUCGCUCCAGCAGGGCCACCUGCCCAGCUGGAGGUCCAAGAGAUUCAACAGCUCAGAAGGACACAAACCAACUUUUUACUUUUUUUUUUUUUUCUGCGGCUUGUGACUCCCUAGGAAGGGCCCUGCUCUGCUCAGGGGCCCCUCACAAAGCUCACCUCCUUCCUCAGGCAGCGCCUCCUCACUCCUGUCCCAACCGCAACUUUUGUACCCCUGCUGGCGAUGCCUCGGGGAACCCCAGCCCAAUCCCUCACGCUCAGCCAGCCUCCUCGGGCUCCGCCGUGAGCAUGGUGGUUCCAGAAGUUUCCUCGAAGGCCGAGGUACGCCAGCGGAGCCUUUAAAGGAAACAUCUGUAUGGAUUGUUUCAUUACAACCCCACGAUGCUUGGACUUGAAUCGCUUCCAGAUCCCACUGAUACCUGGGAAAUUAUAGAGACCAUAGGUAAAGGCACCUAUGGCAAGGUCUACAAGGUAACUAACAAGAGAGAUGGGAGCCUGGCUGCAGUAAAAGUUUUGGAUCCAAUCAGUGAUAUGGAUGAAGAGAUUGAGGCAGAAUACAACAUUUUGCAGUUUCUUCCUAAUCAUCCCAACGUUGUAAAGUUUUAUGGGAUGUUUUACAAACCGGAUCACUGUGUGGGAGGACAGCUGUGGCUGGUCCUGGAGUUGUGUAAUGGGGGCUCAGUCACCGAGCUUGUCAAAGGUCUACUCAGGUGCGGCCAGCGGUUGGAUGAAGCAAUGAUCUCAUACAUCUUAUAUGGGGCCCUCUUGGGCCUUCAGCAUUUGCACAAUAACCGAAUCAUCCACCGUGACGUCAAGGGGAAUAACAUUCUUCUGACAACAGAAGGAGGAGUUAAGCUCGUUGACUUUGGUGUCUCAGCUCAGCUCACCAGUACACGUCUACGGAGAAACACAUCUGUUGGCACCCCGUUCUGGAUGGCCCCUGAGGUCAUUGCUUGUGAGCAGCAGUAUGACUCUUCCUAUGACGCUCGCUGUGACGUCUGGUCCUUGGGGAUCACAGCUAUUGAACUGGGGGAUGGAGACCCUCCCCUCUUUGACAUGCAUCCUGUGAAAACGCUUUUUAAGAUUCCAAGAAAUCCUCCACCUACUUUACUUCAUCCGGAAAAAUGGUGUGAGGAAUUCAACCACUUUAUUUCACAGGGAACCAGGUCUCUAAGAUUGUACUUUGGAUUGUUGUUGAUUUUUGCAAACAGGUGUCUUAUUAAGGAUUUUGAAAAGCGGCCUUCUGUCACACAUCUCCUCGACCACCCAUUUAUUAAAGAAGCCCACGGGAAGGUUUUAUUUCUGCAAAAACAGCUGGCCAAGGUCCUCCAAGACCAGAAGCAUCUAAACCUUGUUGUUAAAACCAGACAUGAAAGAAUGCACACCAGAAGACCCUAUCAUGUGGAAGAUGCUGAAAAAUACUGCCUUGAGGAUGAUUUGGUCAAUUUAGAGGUUCUGGAUGAGGAUACAAUUAUUCGUCAGUUGCAAAAGCGUUAUGUGGACUUGCUGAUUUACACCUAUGUUGGAGACAUCUUAAUUGCCUUAAACCCCUUCCAGAAUCUAAGCAUAUACUCCCCGCAGUUUUCCAGACUUUAUCAUGGGGUGAAACGUGCCUCCAAUCCGCCCCACAUAUUUGCAUCAGCAGAUGCUGCUUACCAGUGUAUGGUUACUUUCAGCAGAGACCAGUGCAUUGUCAUCAGCGGAGAAAGUGGCUCUGGGAAGACGGAAAGCACCCACCUGAUUGUUCAGCAUUUGACUUUCUUGGGGAAGGCCAAUAAUCAGACCCUGAGAGAGAAAAUCCUGCAAGUCAACUCCCUGGUGGAAGCCUUUGGAAAUGCACGCACUGCCAUCAAUGACAAUUCCAGCCGUUUUGGAAAAUACCUGGAAAUGAUGUUUACACCAACGGGAGCUGUGAUGGGGGCAAGAAUCUCUGAGUAUCUCCUUGAAAAAUCCAGAGUUAUAAAACAGGCAGUGGGAGAGAAAAAUUUUCACAUAUUUUACUAUAUUUAUGCUGGUCUUUAUCACCAGAAGAAACUUUCUGAGUUCAGACUUCCUGAGAAAAAGCCUCCUAGGUACAUAGCUGAUGAAACUGGAAGGGUGAUACACGACAUCACUUCCAAGGAAUCUUACAGAAGACAAUUUGAAGCAAUUCAGCAUUGCUUCAGGAUUAUAGGGUUCACUGACAAGGAAGUGCACUCAGUGUACAGAAUUUUGGCUGGGAUUUUGAAUAUUGGAAACAUUGAGUUUGCAGCUAUUUCCUCUCAACAUCAAACUGAUAAAAGUGAGGUGCCCAAUGCUGAAGCUUUGGAAAAUGCUGCCUCCCUUCUCUGCAUCAGCCCCGAAGAACUCCAAGAGGCCCUUAUCUCACACUGUGUGGUCACCCGGGGUGAGACCAUCAUCCGUGCCAACACUGUCGACAGAGCCGCGGAUGUCCGAGAUGCCAUGUCCAAAGCCUUGUAUGCGAGGCUCUUCAGUUGGAUUGUAAAUCGCAUCAAUACACUCCUGCAGCCAGACAAAAGCAUAUGUAGUGCAGAUGAUGGUAUGAAUGUGGGGAUCUUGGAUAUUUUUGGAUUCGAGAACUUUGGGAGAAAUUCAUUUGAGCAGCUCUGCAUAAACAUUGCCAAUGAGCAAAUCCAGUACUAUUUCAACCAGCACGUUUUUGCUCUUGAGCAGGUGGAAUAUCAGAAUGAAGGCAUUGAUGCUACACCUGUGAUGUAUGAGGACAACCGCCCACUCUUGGACAUGUUCCUCCAGAAGCCCCUGGGACUGCUUGCACUUUUGGAUGAGGAAAGUCGAUUUCCCCAAGCAACUGAUCAGACCCUGGUUGAUAAAUUUGAAGAUAAUCUGCGAUGCAAAUACUUCUGGAGGCCCAAAGGAGUGGAGCUGUGCUUUGGCAUCCUGCACUAUGCCGGAAAGGUAUUAUAUGAUGCUUCUGGGGUUCUUGAGAAAAACAGAGAUACUCUACCUGCUGAUGUGGUUGUAGUCCUGAGGACGUCAGAAAACAAGCUUCUUCAGCAGCUCUUCUCAAUUCCUUUGACCAAAACAGGUAACUUGGCCCAGACAAGAGCCAGGAUAACAGCAGCCUCAAGAUCUUUGCCUCCUCAUUUCAGUGCUGGAAGAGCCAAGGUGGACACUCUGGAGGUGAUACGGCAUCCAGAAGAAACCACCAACAUGAAGAGGCAGACCAUGGCUUCUUAUUUCCGGUAUUCUCUGAUGGAUCUGCUCUCUAAAAUGGUGGUCGGACAGCCCCACUUUGUGCGCUGCAUUAAACCCAAUGAUGACCGAGAGGCCCUGAAGUUCUCCCGAGAGAGUGUGCUGGCCCAGCUCCGCUCCACAGGGAUCCUGGAGACAGUCAGCAUCCGCAGGCAGGGGUAUUCCCACCGCAUCCUCUUUGAAGAGUUUGUGAAAAGGUAUUAUUACUUGGCAUUCAAAGCACAUGAAACACCUGUUGCUAGCAAAGAGAGCUGUGUUGCUAUCUUGGAAAAGUCCAGAUUAGAUCACUGGGUGCUGGGAAAAACAAAGGUUUUUCUCAAAUAUUACCAUGUUGAGCAGUUGAAUUUGCUGCUACGAGAAGUCAUAGGCAGAGUGGUGGUGCUGCAGGCAUAUGCCAAAGGGUGGCUUGGAGCCAGGAGAUACAGAAGAGUCAGAGAGAAGAGAGAGAAGGGGGCCAUUGCCAUCCAGUCAGCCUGGAGAGGAUAUGAUGCUCGGAGGAAAUUUAAGAAAAUAAGCAACAGAAGGAGUGAGUCUGCGGUUCGUAUUCAAGCAGAGCACCCUUCAGGCCAAAGCAGUGAUCUGCAGCCUGCUGUUGCAGGGGACACCAAGGAAAGUGCCCACGGUCAAGACUGUAGUGAGCUUGGUGACCACACAGUUCUAAGGGGCUCUAUAGAUCAUAAAGUCAUCCCACAAACAGAAUUCAACAAUGGCCAUGAAGACACUUCAAGCAACCCUCCUGCUAUCACUGAGAAAAAUUGGCAUCCACAAGCCCAGUGUUCUCCAGAAGGGUAUGAUGUCUUCGCAGGACAUCCAAAUAAGCACUCCAUUUCUGGGACUGAUUUGCUGUCUUCUCGGACAUGCCAUGCUGCCCCAGGUCGCCCAGCACUGAGUCCUUCCAGGGGAGCCCCUGCAAAACCUGUUUCAGAAAAUGGUCUUGUACAGAAGCAGCGAACACCUCGCCGAAGAUGUCAGCAGCCCAAAAUGUUGAGUAGCCCUGAGGACACCAUGUACUAUAACCAGUUAAAUGGAACUCUAGAAUAUCAAGGGAGCAAAAGGAAGCCAAGAAAACUUGGCCAAAUCAAAGUGCUUGAUGGGGAAGAUGAGUAUUAUAAAUCUUUGUCACCUGUGGACUCCGUUCCUGAGGAAGACAACCCAGCCUGCCCUUUCUUUUAUUCCUCAUCCUCAAAAGGAGCAUCUUCUGCUCAGCACUGAGCUGUACUUCCUGCCCCCCCCCCCAAGUCUGCGGAGGGUAAGAACAAUCAUGGUAGUUGA